AUGGAACUGCCUAGUUAUAUUCUAAGGAAAUCUAAAAAUGAAGAAUUUAUUUGUGUUAUACUAGAAGUAUUUCAAACAGUCAACAUGAAAUUAACAUUACUAGCAGCGCUUUUUGGGUUCGCGUUAGCGGCACCUAAUGUUCUGAUUCCUGUAUCUCCUGAAUUGAGAGCUGCAUUCAAAAAUAAUGCUCAAGUAGAUGAACGGAAUCCGUUACCACCGCUAAUGGUGUUAUUAUUCAAUUUGCUACGUGGCCUCAUCUUAAAUGGAUCGCCGUCAAUGGGAAUUCCAGUCUUGGACCCGCUCCAAAUUGACAAUAUUCGUAUUGCCGUACCUGCUGAAAUCGUCAACCUGGAUUUGGAGCUGUGGAAUAUACGAGCAACUGGCUUAGGUGGUUUCGAAGUUCACAGUGCCCGACUAAAUUUGUUGCAACUCUCCUUCGAAAUCGAUGUAACUCUACCUAAUCUCGAUAUAUCUGCUGAGCGCUACAGCCUCACCGGUGACUUGUUGACAGCUGUUCCUCUGUUUGGAGACGGAAAGGCAUUAUUCAAUGUCCAGGGUCUCCGCUUCAAAGGCAGACUGUUCUUGGGACAGUCCCCCAAUGGACGAUCUGUUAUCGUUGACCGUCUCGAAAAUAUUGGAUUCCAAAUUGGUAAUUUCAAGUCCGGGUUGACUGGCGUCAUCGGUGGUGGAGACAUCGAUAAAGUUGUGAACGCUCUAAUCGGCGAAGUGGUGAUUGACUACGUCAAUAGGUUCCAAGGUUUUAUUUCAACAGUCAUAGCGCGAUCCGCGCCCCCAGCCAUUAACCCCGUUCUCGAAAGAUUCGAUUCUUGGGAUAUUAUUGGUGAAUUAUUCCAGUAG